CGCCAGCGCGCCUCACGGCUCCUGUCUCCCCUCCCUCCUUCUCUCUCUCACGCCUAGCGCAAUGGCGGCGGCCGCGGCGGAGCAGCAACAGUUCUACCUGCUCCUGGGAAACCUGCUCAGCCCCGACAAUGUGGUCCGGAAACAGGCAGAGGAAACCUAUGAGAAUAUCCCAGGCCAGUCGAAGAUCACAUUCCUUUUACAAGCCAUCAGAAAUACAGCAGCUGCUGAGGAGGCUAGACAAAUGGCUGCCGUUCUCCUAAGACGUCUUUUGUCCUCUGCAUUUGAUGAAGUCUAUCCAACUCUUCCCACUGAUGUUCAGACUGCCAUCAAGAGUGAGCUACUGAUGAUUAUUCAAAUGGAAACACAGUCUAGCAUGAGGAAAAAAAUUUGUGACAUUGCUGCUGAACUGGCCAGGAAUUUAAUAGAUGAGGAUGGCAACAACCAAUGGCCUGAAGGUUUGAAGUUCCUUUUUGACUCUGUCAGCUCUCAAAACAUGGGACUGCGGGAAGCUGCCCUUCAUAUUUUCUGGAACUUCCCAGGAAUUUUUGGGAAUCAGCAGCAGCACUAUUUAGACGUCAUCAAACGGAUGUUAGUUCAGUGCAUGCAAGAUCAGGAACAUCCGUCGAUCCGAACAUUAUCUGCUAGAGCUACCGCUGCGUUUAUACUUGCCAACGAGCAUAAUGUUGCUCUGUUCAAGCAUUUUGCAGACUUGUUACCCGGUUUCUUACAGGCUGUAAAUGACUCCUGCUACCAGAAUGAUGAUUCAGUCCUAAAAUCCCUUGUUGAGAUUGCAGACACGGUUCCAAAGUAUUUACGUCCUCAUCUGGAAGCCACUUUACAGCUGAGUCUAAAGUUGUGUGGAGACACUGGCCUCAAUAACAUGCAGCGCCAGCUUGCCCUGGAAGUAAUCGUGACCCUUUCUGAGACUGCAGCUGCUAUGUUAAGAAAACAUACCAAUAUUGUUGCACAGACAAUUCCGCAGAUGUUAGCCAUGAUGGUUGACCUUGAAGAGGAUGAGGACUGGGCAAAUGCGGAUGAGCUGGAAGACGAUGACUUUGAUAGCAAUGCGGUUGCUGGUGAGAGUGCUCUAGACCGGAUGGCUUGUGGACUCGGGGGAAAGCUCGUCCUGCCGAUGAUCAAAGAACACAUUAUGCAGAUGCUUCAGAACCCUGACUGGAAGUACCGGCACGCGGGGCUCAUGGCCUUGUCCGCCAUUGGCGAAGGAUGCCACCAGCAGAUGGAGGGGAUUCUCAACGAGAUAGUAAAUUUUGUUCUGCUUUUCCUUCAGGAUCCUCAUCCCAGGGUGAGGUAUGCGGCCUGUAAUGCUGUGGGACAGAUGGCUACUGACUUUGCACCUGGUUUCCAGAAGAAAUUCCAUGAGAAGGUGAUUGCAGCGUUGCUGCAGACCAUGGAAGACCAGGGCAAUCAGCGUGUCCAGGCCCACGCCGCCGCUGCUCUCAUCAACUUCACGGAGGACUGUCCCAAGUCACUGCUUAUUCCGUACUUAGACAGUUUGGUGAAGCAUCUGCAUUCCAUCAUGGUCCUUAAACUUCAAGAGUUGAUCCAGAAAGGCACCAAAUUAGUUUUGGAACAAGUUGUGACAUCUAUCGCAUCAGUUGCAGAUACUGCAGAAGAAAAAUUUGUCCCCUACUAUGACUUAUUCAUGCCAUCACUGAAGCACAUUGUCGAGAACGCAGUUCAAAAGGAACUCAGGCUUCUCAGAGGAAAAACUAUUGAGUGCAUCAGCCUCAUUGGUUUGGCUGUUGGGAAGGAAAAGUUCAUGCAGGAUGCCUCCGACGUGAUGCAACUGUUACUGAAGACGCAGACAGACUUCAGUGACAUGGAAGAUGACGACCCUCAGAUCUCUUACAUGAUCUCCGCAUGGGCCAGGAUGUGCAAAAUCCUUGGAAAAGAAUUUCAGCAGUACCUACCAGUGGUGAUGGGGCCUUUAAUGAAGACAGCUUCAAUUAAGCCUGAAGUAGCCCUUCUAGAUACUCAAGACAUGGAGAACAUGAGCGAUGAUGAUGGUUGGGAAUUUGUGAACCUUGGAGAUCAGCAAAGUUUUGGUAUUAAAACUGCAGGGCUGGAAGAAAAGUCAACUGCUUGUCAGAUGCUGGUUUGUUAUGCUAAGGAGUUAAAAGAAGGCUUUGUGGAGUAUACUGAACAGGUUGUCAAACUCAUGGUACCUCUUCUAAAAUUUUAUUUCCACGAUGGCGUUCGAGUGGCAGCAGCAGAAUCCAUGCCUCUUCUCCUGGAGUGUGCGAGAGUUCGUGGUCCUGAGUACCUCACACAGAUGUGGCAUUUUAUGUGUGAUGCGCUAAUCAAGGCCAUUGGCACAGAACCAGAUUCAGAUGUCCUCUCAGAAAUAAUGCAUUCUUUUGCAAAGUGCAUUGAAGUCAUGGGAGAUGGAUGCCUUAAUAAUGAACACUUUGAAGAGUUGGGUGGUAUACUGAAAGCUAAACUUGAAGAACAUUUUAAAAACCAAGAAUUGCGGCAAGUUAAAAGACAAGAUGAAGACUAUGAUGAGCAGGUGGAAGAAUCACUACAAGAUGAGGAUGAUAAUGAUGUUUAUAUUUUGACCAAAGUGUCAGACAUUUUACACUCAAUAUUCAGUAGCUACAAGGAGAAAGUGUUACCAUGGUUUGAACAGCUGCUUCCGUUAAUUGUCAACCUAAUUUGUCCGCAUAGACCGUGGCCAGACAGACAGUGGGGACUGUGCAUCUUUGAUGAUGUCAUAGAACACUGUAGUCCAGCCUCAUUUAAAUAUGCAGAAUAUUUCUUAAGGCCAAUGCUCCAAUAUGUAUGUGACAGCAGCCCGGAAGUCAGGCAGGCAGCUGCAUAUGGCCUGGGAGUCAUGGCACAGUAUGGUGGCGAUAACUACCGUCCUUUCUGCACAGAAGCACUUCCACUGCUGGUAAGAGUUAUUCAGUCUGCUGAUGCUAAGACCAAAGAAAACAUCAAUGCUACUGAGAACUGCAUCUCAGCGGUGGGGAAAAUGAUGAAGUUCAAGCCUGACUGUGUGAACGUUGAGGAAGUCCUCCCACAUUGGCUCUCUUGGCUUCCACUGCAUGAGGAUAAAGAAGAAGCUGUUCAGACUUUCAGUUACCUUUGCGACCUGAUUGAGAGUAAUCACCCAAUUGUUCUUGGCCCAAACAAUACCAAUCUGCCCAAAAUAUUCAGUAUAAUCGCAGAUGGAGAAAUGCACGAGGCAAUUAAACAUGACGAUCCUUGUGCCAAACGUCUGGCCAAUGUAGUUCGCCAAGUACAGACUUCCGGAGGACUGUGGACUGAAUGCAUAGCGCAGCUCAGUCCCGAACAGCAGGCAGCCAUACAGGAGCUCCUGAACUCUGCCUGAAGGGCCUUACUACCACCACCAGAAAACUAACUCCAAAUAAACGUUUACCCUUUUGUUUAGGUUUCUUUGUUUUGUUUUUGAGCAAAAGAGAACGGUAGAGUUGUGUGUAGGCCAUUCUUCUGCAAAGCCACAACAGCAGAACGAGGAGCCCUGGGUUUCAGGAUGGUGUGUAAGUGGGUGUCCCCCACCCGACUACUGAGGAAGUCCUGUGAGCCCUGCAGUAACACUGAAGAGUAUUUUUCUAUUGGUGUAACCCACCCAUGUGAAGGCGAAAGGGAAAUAAAAUUAAUUUUCCUCACUAGAUGUAAGGAAACUUAAGACAAAACAGCUUUAAUUAAGAUCUGUUCCUCAGCAUAGAUGUGUGUGAAAACAAGUUGCUAUACACCUAGUGUUCAUUCUGUUAAUUGGAGUGUGAGUCUUUUUGUGGGGUAGAAAGAAGCCUUCUACCCAGCAAGCUCAUAGAUCCAAACAUUGAAGAAAAGCUGAAGACAAAAACAACAAGCAUGAAAAUGUUACUUUACGUCACUUUUGGUCCUUUUCCCUGAAAGGCUUAUGCCGUGACUCAGUUUGGAGAUGUAACUUUACGUCACUUCCGGCCCUUUUCCCUGAAAGGCUUGUGCAGUGACUCAGUUUGGAGAGCUUUUCGGCUUCCAGCCCUUGAAUGUGAAGUAUCGUUGGCAUGUCUGGCAGUGGUCUCGUUCACUCCUCAAUAAACAGCGUUGAAAUACGAAA